GUGAUCAAAUCCAUUAUAUUAGUGAAUAUAUCAUCCAUGGCAUCCAAGAUUCCUAGCAUAAAUUUUUGCAAUGCAAAGCUGAAAACAGGUAGUGCAGAGUGGGAGUCAACAAGAAGUCAAGUUCUCCAAGCCUUACAAGAGUACGGUUGCUUUGAAGCAAUAUAUGAUAAGGUUUCAAGUGAAACUAGAGAAGCCAUGUUUGCUAAUUCAAAAGAAAUCUUUGAAUUUCCAUUGGAGACCAAACUUAAAAACUUGUCAGACAAACCUUUGCAUGGCUACAAAGGGAUGAUUCCGAACCUACCAUCUUAUGAGAGCCUUUGCAUUCCUGACUUGCUCGAAUCUCAAAGUGUUGAAACAUUUGCCAAUAUCUUUUGGCCUAAUGGAAAAUCUGACUUUUGCAAUGCAGUAAGGAACUACUCAAAGCCGCUAAUGGAAUUGGAUGAAAUGGUGACAAUGAUGGUUUUGGAGAGUAUAGGGAUGAAAAAUUACAUAGAUGAAUUCUUGAAUUCCAGUUUUUUUCGUUUUCGAUUUACACGUUACAAGAAGUUGGCAGCUCAAAGUGAAAAAGAGAAUAAUAAACUUGGAUUGGUUGGCCACACAGAUGGUGGCUGGUUGACCAUAAUAUCACAAAAUGGAGUAAAUGGAUUGCAAGUUAAGAAAAAAGAAGAGUGGAUUGAUGUCAACAUUGCACCAAAUUCAUUCGUUGUUUUAUCUGGUGAUUCCUUCGUGGCAUGGACAAAUGGUCGAUUGCAUUCUCCGGUUCAUAGGGUAACAAUGGGCGGUGACAGUGAUAGGUUCUCCAUCCAGUUAUUUUCAGUACCAAAAUCAGAUUACAUCAUAGAGGCCCCAAAAGAGCUUGUGGAUGAACAACACCCUUUACUCUUUAAGCCCUAUGAUAUUACCGGAUAUUUUGAGUAUAUUGGGACAAAAGCUGGCGCCAGAGCCGGGGGCGAUGCUUUUAAGAUUUAUUGUGGUGUUUGAACUGUCGCAGU